UCAACAUUAUGUCUUCUUUAGGAGCACACAUCCAUCAAUGGCGGAUAGAGAUUCUUGGGUCACUGUACUUCUGCAGAACUCACCUGGUCACUAAUUAUUUUUCUCGACGGCGAUGAUCGUGCAAGAGCGAAGAAGCGAUAAGGCUCUUGUUGUAGCACGAAUCAAUUUGUGAGAUAUAGGAUUUCUUCAUUUUCGUACUUUUUUUCUUGUUCCUCAAUUUUCCAAGAGAGUAGUAAGUAACGUUCAUAGUGAAAUGGAUAUUGGGAUUCACAACGGAUGGAGAACUUCAGUAACUUCACAGGGCCCGAGAAACUUCCUGGGUUUGCGCAGAUCCUACCCUAACAGUAACAUAAAUCCCAGGAAUAGAAUCCAGGUGGGUAGUAAUGUUCAUAGUGGUAAACGAGCAAUGUUAAUUUCUAGUUCAAAGAAAGCCAACCUCUCUGCUUCAAGGAAGCAGAGAAUCAAGCUGCAGAACAAUGGAGGAAAGAAGCUCACUUUCAGUGACUUCCUGAAACACCCAUCUGGCAUGGAGGCUGUAAUCAAUGCCAAGGCUUUGCAGAGUUAUCAUGUAGUUGAUGAAAAUGAUAAUACUUACAGAUGUACAUUGCCAAAAGUUCAGUUAAUGAGCUUUGAAGUUUCUCCAGUACUGGUUUUGAGGGUCACUCCCACACAGGAAGAUUGUACUGUUGAGCUACUUUCCUGCAAGCUGGAGGGGUCAGAGUUAUUGGAGAACCAAAGUGAAAAUUUUUCAGCAAUUAUGACAAACUGCAUGACUUGGAACAUGGAAGAUCCAGAGCCAUUUUUGGAGGUUGAUGUGACAUUGAAAGUCAUUCUAGAGAUCUCAACGCCGCCAUUCACAAUGCUUCCAGUAUCAGCUGUUGAAGCUCCUGGGAAUCUGUAAAGUAAUGCAGACACUGGUAGAUACACUAGUACCUCUUCUGCUUCAGCAAUUACUCAAAGAUUACGACGAAUGGAUUCAAAACAGCAACAAUACUCCAACAUCUAUUAGCGAUGUUUUGUCAAUGGAAGACCGUUUGAGAUGACAUGUAUAUUAGAGACAGCUUUGUAAUAAAAAAAGAAUUGCUGAAAUACAAACAUUAAUAAGGUCAAAAAGAUUUGAUUCACUAGUAAACUAUGGUCUUUUUUGACAUAAAAAUACAGCACAAAGAAAUUACAUCAU